AAGGCAGACAAAGGCAGACGCCAUUUUGGAUGGUCUUGCAGUGUGCAAAUGCGUGAUAUUUUGUUCAGUUUUAUUGAUAAUUCUAAGGCCUAAUCGAUAAGACAUUGAGCAGUUAACAGCAUGGAGACGACAUUGGAUGCGUCCUUAGUGACGCAAUCCAUAAACUAUCAUGGUCAGCAGCUGCAAAAAACAUGGGAGGCCGAGCGAGGGGAAGACGAUUUGGCGAAGGUUGGCGUUGGAGGCCUGGACUUUGCUGUGUACCAGUCGCGACACAAACAUCUCACAUUCCAAGACCGUGGGAAGAGACUCAAACUACACCAAUUCAUAGCAAAAGAGGCUAAUGCUUUAUUUGAUUCAACCUUGCUAGAAGAAACCCCAUCAUCUUCGAGCCUUGGUGCUGAUGCCACUACACCGGAAGACAAUUUAUAUGCCCUGAUGCCUCCAUUUGAAACAUUUUUGAAUGUAGACAAAUCAGCUCGAUUGAGGCAUUUCUUUGAUAAUGUGAAGACUGGAGAAUUAAUCAUAGGAGCAGUAAUCAACAGGACAGCAUCGGGAAUGAUGCUGAAGGUGCUAUGUACUGCAGGACCCACCUCAAGAUAUGUUGCAGAUAUCAAUGUCAAGGCAUUUUUACCUGUCACAAAUAUCAUACCAGCAGUGGACAAGAAAAAUAUGUCAAGAAACUACCUGAUGAAUGACACUGUUUGCUGUGAAGUUAUUGAAGUUAUCCCCGACACUGACAAAAUGGUUUGCGGCAUGAAGGGUGUCACUCGGGGCCCGGAUGACCCCCCUCCGAAGCCAGCACUAGGACUCCUCAGCACAGAUGACUUUCCACUAAUCUACAAGAAAACAGUGGAUAUGAAGGGAGAAAGCUAUGAAGCCAUUUUGGAGAAGAGUCCUGGCUUCAAUAACCCCAACUGCGUCCAAUAUCUGUCAGAAAUCCUGGGGAUCUCCAACAUGCACUGCACCAAUUUUGCAUCAUUGAGAGGCGGUUUCCUGCCUUCUGAUUACGCGGAUGAACUUCGUCAAGCUCAAGCCAGCAAGUGGGCGUUCCGUUCGGUUGCUGAAGGUAUUGAACACUUCAAAGCUGGCAGACACUCUGAAGCUUUCCAAUGCCUGAACAAGGCUUUGAGUAUUGACCCACGGAAUGUGGAGGGUCUUGUGGCACGCGGAGCUCUAUACGCUAACAGCGGAACAUUCAAGAAGGCUAUAGAAGACUUUGAAACAUCACUCAAGUUGAAUCCUAAUCAUGCUAAUGCGAGAAAAUACUUAGGAGAAACACUGGUCGCUUUAGGACGUAGUUACGAAGACGAGAACAAAAUCGCUGAAGCACAGAAAGCGUAUGAGGAUUGUUUGGCUAUAAUACCAUUCCAUGAAGAGGCUCAGAAUUCCCUAGACUUCUUGAAGAGCAAGACUUCCACGACCAAGCCUUUGAUUGAGCCAGCGGAGUUACUUCUGCCUGGGUUGACGGGUGCUAAGUCAUUUGAGAUGAAGGAGACAUUGAAGCAGCUAUUGAACUUGACGGAGAAGAAAGAUAAGAAGAAGAAGAAGAAGCGCGGGAAGGGCAAGAAGAAGCGGUCGAGCAGUUCUUCGUCCUCGUCCAGCGAGUCUUCCAGCUCUAGCUCGUCAUCGGAAUCUUCAUCUUCGUCUUCUGACAGCAGUGACUCUGAAGGCCCAAAUCGCAAGAAGAAGCGUAGAUCUCAGUCCAAUAACAAACGCCAGCGAUCGCUGUCUCCGCUGAGCAAACGUAUGGCGAUGCUUGGUGACGCUGACUCGGCCUCGCGCACUCACAACUCGCAGUUCAACCACCCGUACGGUUACCAGCCGCCGCCGCCGCCGCAGGAGGGACCCACAGCGCCGCCAGCGAGAUCGCAAGCCGACAUCGAUUAUGAGUUGAAGGUGCGCAAAUUCCUAGAGAUGACAAAGGAAGACAGCGACUACGAGGACAAGGUGCGCAACUUCCUCGAGGAGACGGCGCAGUACAAGCGCAACCGCAAGAUGCAGGAGCUGGGCCAGCAGCCGCAGCCCGGCGCCGACCACGACAAGAAGAAGAAAAAGAAAAAGGACAAGAAGAAGAAGAAAGAAUCAAAGCGCAAACGCAAAGAGCAAGAGAGAGAAGAAAAGAGGAAGGCCAAGUUGUCUCGCUCCUCCGCCAACAACGAGUACAGCCUGCGGGACCUCGAGAACAUUAGCGAUAAGAAGCUUAGGGAUGCUAUUAGGAAAGAAUUAAAAGGAAAAUCGAAGAGGGAUCUCAGUUCUGAUGGCGAGUAUGACAGGAAACACAGUGAUAAGAGGUUGUCAUCUAGCCUAAUUUCCUCCAGAAUCCUCGACGAGAUGCACGGCCUCGAGGAGCUAGAAUCCAAACUCAGCGCGUACCACGUGAUGGUUGAGAAGGAGGUGCUGGGCAAGCGCGAUGGCCGCGGCAGCGUCAGCCCCCUCGACCAGGCGCCGCCGCCGCCCCUCGAGAAACCCAAGUGGAAGAUGUCCAUGAACGCUGUUAAAGACACAAGGAUAAAGAAGAAAGACGCGCCAGCACAGAAGGGUUACAAGGAACGCUAUGCAUUCGAGGAUAGCUCUGAUGACUCACAGGAUCCACCUAAGCCGUCUCCCGGUGGCGAUAAGAACGUGUCGGUGCGGCGCGCGAUGGCCAUGAAGGAGCCCCCUCCGCUGCCGUCCGCGCCGCCGCCGAAGUCCCGCGAGCCCGACCCGCCCGGCACUGAGUCACACCCACCGGUACGCAAAGGCAACAUAGUGCUGGACAAGUUCGGCUCGUUCCGCCUGGCUCAAGAAGGCGAGACGCCGGUGUGCGUGGGCGACGGCCGCCCCGAGCAGUUCGUGACGCGCAUCAAGCCGCCCACGCCGUGCGGCCGGCGGCCGCGCUCGCCUCCCUCGCCCAGGCAUCGCUCCUCCAACUCUUCUGAUGACCGCCGCUCACCGAAGCGGUCUAGGAGCAGGUCUCGCCCCCGCAAGUACAGGUCCCGCUCGGGGUCUCGAUCGCGCUCAGCGUCCAGCGCGAGCGGCUCGGUGGCGUCGCGGCGCCGGCGCUCCGCUUCCCCGCGGUCCCGGUCACGAUCCGACGCCAGCCGCUCGUACUACUCGCGCAGUCGCUCCCGGUCACGCUCCGGAUCCAGGGAUAGAUUCCGCCGUUUCGGCCGACGCGGCAACUGGCGCGGGCGCGGCGGCUUCGAGCGCGGGACGUACUACCGGCCGCGAUUCCACACGUACAACGGCGGUGGGCGCGGACGCGGCCGCGGCGGCGGCGGGGACUUCCGUCGCGACGACGGACGCCGCUUCCAGGGCGAGUGGCGCGAUAACCGGUCGCGUGGGGGAAGACCGUUCAGGCCGAGACGGGGCGGCGGUGGACGCGGGCGGCCGUUUAGAGGUGGUGGCUUCCGUGACUUCCGUGACAGACGCGGUGGUCGGUAUUCCCGCUCGAGAAGCCCCGACAGGACGCGCAGGUCCAGAUCUUACAGCCCUGAGAGACGCGAUAAGGAUAGAGACAGCUAUUCCCGCUACUCUGAACGUGACAGUCAUCGCAGUGAAGGUGAAUAUGAAGAAGAAAGAUACGUGGACAGGAAAGAAUAUGACGGGAAGUGGGCAGAUGGAAACGAGCCAGAGAGAAACCACACGGAGGACAAGCCCGCACAAGAGGAAGAAGCGCCUAAAGAAUAAACUGCAAACAUUGCACCACCUACAGCACUAGGCUAAGAUAGAUUAAGGUUAGGGUGCCGAUGAUUUCAAGUGUAAUUGUCUCUUAAGGAUAUUUUGAUUUAUUGUCCUCACAUUAUAAACAUGUGAAAUAGUCAUUGCUUGUUAUCUUUUGGCACAAAUGCAAACAUUGUGAGUGGUUUCAAAACUACUAUCAAUCCUCAUUCUUAUUUGCCAAUAUAAUGCCAAACUUUAACAUUUUUAAUAUUGGGGUGCUUACCUAAUUUGGCAGUAAUUAGUAGGUAAACUAUUCAUUACAAAUGAAUUUGAAUUUUUAACAAAGUAUUUUCUUAUAUUCAGUCACAUUAUUAUUGACCUAAUUAACUAUAUCAACCACAAGUAUUAAUCACAAAUUAUCUCCCAAAUCCAGUAAUACGGAGUCUCACAACUGAAUGCAUUUACUAUUAAACACAUAUUAGAGAUUUCACCAGGUGAAUGAAUGUAAAAUUGGAAUUUUUCAUUUAGUCAUUAAUUUUAUUGUUCAUGUAUUUCUUUAGGUGGUUGAAUAUAAAUCAAUAAAGACAGUAAACACAGUAAA